CCCCUUCAAUGUCACAUAGAUGACGCGGCUUUAUGUUUAUUCCUUAAAGAUCCUUUUUUCAUUCACUCUUGUCCGUAAACACUGCAGAAUUAUGCAUGCAUGGUGGUAAUUCAACGUGAUCAUGGAUUUAACAAGAAAAAUAAGGUGCCUGGCCGUGUUCAUCAAAUAAGAUUACAGUCGUCUGCUUCAAUCAAUACUCCAUGUAGUCUGCAAUAGUACGAAGAUAUAAUAGAGAGAGUCCUGGUCCAGAAAGGCGGAAACGAUUCUUCACCGAAUGUUUACCACCCAGAUAUGAAAAAUCAUAUUUAUAUGUGAAAAAUUAUACCUUCCUAGGAGAUAGAAAAGAGAAGAUGGAUCCCGGAUGUCUUGUACACCAUUUAUAAAGCUGUAUACAAUUACAUUUAUAAACAUCGCCUCUUCCAGGCAGGUGCUCGGUUGAAGUCAUUUCAACAUGGAGAUGUAUAACGCAGAAAGCUACAGAAAUCGAGACAUCCUAGAAGUUGUCAUCCAACAAAAAGAAGAGAAGAAAAUUAAAGACAAUGAAGAGAAACAAAAGGAACAAGUUUUGCACAUGCGCAGAACACCGGAAAUAGUCAGCAGACCAUCUAGUCGAAUGUCUUCCAAACAAACUUCCGUGCAGACGGAACAAAAACCAAAAGAAAGUAACGUUGUAAAAAGAUCAGAAUACAUCGCUCAAAACAAUGUUUCACAAACUAUUCAGAGCCUGGCGAUUCUGUGUUUAGCUUCCUCUGUUGUUCUAAUUUUGGAUAUUUAUGUAUUUAUUGUGGGGACCGGUGAUCCUCCCGAGGGAGGAUUCAGAAACGGAAGUUUGCUGACGUCACUGAAGCAGUAUGAGGAUGUGACGGAAGUAUUCACCGCUUUUUCAACUCUUGUGAUGAUUUUGUCAGCGAACUGUGUGCUAGUGUGUUCUAUGCAAUGUUUUAUAGCUUCUAAAGUCAUCAAGACUGUCGACGGUCCAGAAAGGGCUAUGAAAUACUUCCGUGAAUGUUCAAGUAGCAGACUGGUAGCAGUAGUUGGAUUUUUCAUAUCAUUUCCAGUUUUUCUGUUAACGUUAAUGUUGUGUGUAGUGUUACGUUUAAGAAGGACGUCAGCGUUAACUGCUGUAGUGGUACUCAUCAUUGGAACCAUGUUAGGUUUACUGUGUAUGGUACAGAACAUCUAUCACUGGUACGACGAGAUGUCCAGUGCUUCUAAGGGACUUCCGGCGUAUAAAGAUAGUAACAAAGACGAUGACACAACCCGAGAUCUCAAUACUCUAGUGUAGCUAGGUCUAUUUUUAGAUUACUUUGGAAAUACGAUACCUGGAAUUCGAUGGGGACGAGAAAUCCAAGGAUUCGGCAUAUUGAGGAUAUAAUUCAUAAAGCGGUUGCAAUGGGGACUUCCAGCUUUAUUCGAUAUAUCCAUAGUUUCGAGAUAUCGAUUUUUAAGACACCAAGGUUCAACUGUAUUGUGAGGAUUAAGUCUGAAACAGGUCGAGUGAUUAACAACUUGAAGGUGUUUCUGGUUUCGAUCACCGGAAAAUUGGAAAUUGGUUUUGGUUUUUUGAAAGGAUAUAUGUUGAAAAAUCAAGUGAUUGUUGUCGGAGAUGCAAAAAUUCAGCCUACAGUUGAACAUUUUAGGAGGUUAUUCACAUGUAUUCCAUUUUAUAUCCGGUGCCAUGCAUGUUCUGUACAUUGCUUCCCAAUGUGAUUUUUAUAUAAAUCCAUUUUGAGAGAGUGAAAAUAAUUUAAGGAUGACAAUAUAUACAAGAAAAAUAGAUGCAUGUAGUGAAAUAAGAAA